AUGCCCAAAGACGACGCAUCGCCCUCCACUGACGUGUCCGUAUCCCCCACCACCUUAUGCGGACCACGUCGGCGCCUACUUCAGACGCUGGCGCUGGUACUGCUGCUGUUGGGCGCUCUCUCGAUGGUUGCUCGCAUCGUGGACUUGUCGGCCGCCACGAGCAGCUUUCGCACCGGCGAUACGAGCCAAUCAGAACUCAGCGUGCGGGGGCCCAUACGCCACAAUGACUACCAGCAACAGGCAGCCACCAACACUCCUACGGCAACUAUCGCAACUCCUCCAGUGACGCAACCGACAGUGGAGCAACUUGAGAAGCAGGAGACCAAGAACCAAUGUUACGCGCAGCGAGAUGUAGGCGUCAUCGCUGCGGUGCAACAGGCAGCACGGAAUUUCUGUGCUGAUGGAGGCUGGGACAGCGUUAAGCAAGCUCCUGUGAGCCCCGAGAAGGCCACCAAAGUGACCACGUUCCGAGUUGCUGGCGGCAUCCGCAGCGCGACCUUCCAGAACCUCAUGCUUGACCUCGUGGGGGUUGGCAUCCACGCACCCAUUAAAAAUAUGGGCGAGGACGGCGGUAGUCACGACCCGAGGUUCAACUUCAACAAUCGCUUGAUCAACUGCGCGUGUGACGAACUGGCCAAUCAUUUCUGGAAGUUGCCGGGCGAUAAAGAGCGCAAGGCCGAGCAAAUCUGGCAGCCAUCAUUAGUGGCUUUACCAGAAGAGGGUAUCCCCAUGUCGACCAUCUGUUCCCCUCGGACACCGGAGAAUACCAAACGAUCAGCAUGGGAUUUUGUGAAAAACCCACUUCAGGCGCCGGAUAAAAACGAGACGGUGGUGUUCGAAGACCCCGUGGUGCUCAUUGCACGUCGGGACGACCAUAACCCGUUCUUCCAGAUCUCGUACGCUCUUAACUCGUGGAUUAUGCUCCAAGCUCUCGGCUGGGAUGUCACGAAAACCCGCGUGAUCCACUUGGACGGCGGCUAUCCUUCCCCGAUUGACGCCUUGCAUCAAGGUUUAUUAGCUCCCAACCACGACAUCAUCGAUGGGGCAACGCUAAUAGGCAAACGAGUUCAUUUCCGUGGCGACGUGAUGGUCGCCCCGUUCGAGUUGUCUGGACCGAUGAUGCAGCAUUUAGACAACGAGGAGCCCUGCUUUGAGUCGGAAUUGAUGAAGACGUUCCGUGCGCAAUCUCUCUUGACCCUGAACGUGACUCCCGCGAUGGAACGUGAACUCGGUCUGACUACUAUCCGCCCUAUGAUCGUGACGGUCAUCACGCGUAGGCCCUACGGUGGACGGAAGCUUCAACGUAUGUGGGUGAAUGAGGACGAAGUGAUGGCCAACAUGCGGAUCGAGUACAAGGGGCUGGACGUGGAGUUCCGCUCGAUCGAUUACGUCAACUUGACGUUGUUUGAGCAGAUGAAGACCACGAUCGAGAGCGACAUGGUCAUUAGUAUGCACGGCGCUGGGCUCGUGAACGUCAUUUGGGCACGGCCGAUGACUACCGUUGUGGAGAUUUUCCCCAAGGAGCGGUUCCGCUGGGGGUACCGGAACUUGUGCCAGUUUGUGGGCUGCGACUGGCACGAAUUCCGUGGCGGCCAGGAUCUCGGAGAGGGCGGGACGCCGAACUCGAAGAAUAAACGCAUUCCAUACGACGAAUGGAUGUCGUUCUUCCAUCCUCUUUUCCGCCAAUCCUACGGCGCGUUUGAGGAGCGACAGACAGUGCUACGUGGCCAAGCGUCGUAAACUCCAAUCCAAUAUUUGCGUCGACCGAAGUGUCUACAGUGCAACAUCGUCCACGGCUUCGAAUACGGAAACGUUAUUCGAAAUAUGCUGAUAGUACAGUACACGAGCAAUGCAGGCAUCGGUUUACUUUAGACAAACAGCAAUGCAACAUAUGUAGUGCGUAUGCGACCUCAAGUGAGUGAGCGGUAAGAAUUAUACAUGUUGAAGUGAGGAAUGACCUUCAAAAA